AAUCGUGGCUUUUCGUCCGAGCUGUGUCGGUCUGUGUGAUUCUUUUCGCGAAUUGCGGUUGCUUAUGGAACUCUGUGCCGGUUCAACCGGUACAGGCAAUCAUCGGCUAUUACAUAUGCGGUUUGCUGACGCGUGAAAUACAUUUUGUAUGAUCUGUUAGAUGUGAGAGACGUCCUAUCGGAGUAAGGUGCCAUUUUCAGGGCUGAACAGAAAAUAAUAUCACUAGGCUGCGUGUGGAAUCUCUACCAACGAGGCCGUUGUUGUGACAUGAGAACGCACACUCAAGCACGCGGUGAGGGGGUGGUGAUUGGAGGGGGUGGUGCUGAAACGAACAGCUCCGAGAGUGAAUGAGCGCUUCGGUAAUAAAAUCAUCAGAGAGCUUUUGGUACAUCACUGUCCCAGUUGAAAGAGCCAGCCUAGCCAUGAACCAGCCGAGCUCCCCAUCCUCAAGAUCCGCGUUUAAACUUUUGGAGUCCGUCUGCUCACCCUGACCAUGAAGAGACAAAACCUGAGGACACUUGCGCUCAUCAUUUGCACGUUCGUCUACCUGUUAGUUGGUGCGGCUGUCUUCGAUGUAUUGGAAUCUACGAAUGAGACGGACCAGAAGAGUAAAGUGUUGAAACGAAAGGAAACACUUAAUGAUAAAUACCAAUUUAACAACACAGACUUUUCAGAAAUCGAGGAGGUGGUGCUGCAGCUGAAGCCUCAUAAAGGCGGAGUACAGUGGAAAUUCGCUGGAUCUUUUUACUUCGCAAUCACUGUGAUCACAACCAUAGGGUAUGGCCACGCGGCUCCCAGCACCGACGGGGGGAAGGUGUUCUGCAUGCUCUACGCCCUGCUGGGCAUCCCGCUCACCCUGGUGAUGUUCCAGAGCCUGGGUGAGCGCAUCAACACGCUAGUCCGCUACCUGCUGCACCGGCUGAAGAAAUGCGCCGGCCUGCGCCGCACGGAGGUCUCCAUGGCCAACAUGGUGGCCAUUGGCUUCAUCUCCUGCAUGUCCACGCUGUGCGUGGGUGCGCUCUCCUUCUCAUACUUCGAGGGCUGGAGCUUCUUCCAUGCCUACUACUACUGCUUCAUCACGCUGACCACCAUCGGCUUCGGCGACUACGUGGCGCUGCAGAGCCACGAGGCGCUGCAGAAUAACCCCAAGUACGUCGCCUUCAGCUUCAUCUACAUCCUCACCGGCCUGACGGUGAUCGGCGCCUUCCUCAACCUGGUCGUCCUGCGCUUCAUGACCAUGAACGCGGAGGACGAGCGGCGGGACGCGGAGCAGCGUGCCCUCCUCUCCCGGAACGGCCAGGCGGGGGGGCACAGCCACAUGCACUGCGUCCCCGACCUGCCCUCGUCGUCGGCCGCCUCGGGGUGCAGCGGGGGGAUCGGAGCGCCGGGGGGCGGUGGAAACGGCGGCGUGGGGGGAGCGGGGCGCGGACUGCGCAACGUUUACGCAGAGGUGCUCCACUUCCAGUCCAUGUGCUCCUGCUUGUGGUACAAGAGCAGGGAGAAGCUCCAGUAUUCCAUUCCCAUGAUCAUCCCCCGGGACAUGUCCACCUCUGACACCUACAUGGAACAUGGUGAGGCCUUCUCCUCCGAGCCACUUCACCCCCUACACUCCAACGGCUGUGUCUUCAGCAUGCAUCACCCCCACUCGGCCAUCAGCUCCGUGUCCACAGGCCUGCACUGCCUCACUCCGUACAGGCUAGGACACUGCAAGCGGCGCAGCUCCAUCUAGAGGCCGGGAGGACUCAAUGCCUGAAAAAAUACCUGUUGUCUACCAUGCAGAAGAAACACUGUUGUCCUAUUGUGGAUGGACCAAACCAAGAUCUAAAUCAGGGAUAACUUACAACCCUCAAGGGGAUCUUGGUACUGGGGUGGGUGUUUUUUCUUUCAAAUGACAGAUUGUCAGUGAUUUUAUAACAACAGGAAUAGGCCAUGCAGAGCGCAUCAGUUUGCCACCUAUGAGCGAUCUCCUUACUAUAACUUGAGCAUCCCUUCAGCAUUUAUGAUAUUUAAGGUUGACAUUAUUGAUCUUAGCUACAAGUAGAUUGUUCUAAUGACAAGAGGACAUGUCACACUGUGAGAGACAAAUAUUUUUAUGCGAAAUGAAUUUUAAGAAACUGUGCAACAUAAGACACUUGACUUAAACAAGCCUGAUUUUAAGUUUGGCAAGUACAUUUUUUUUCUCUUCACCAAGACGUACGGUAUAUAUGAAAAUGUUGCUCCAAGUAAUCAUCCAUUAAAUAAAUGUAAAUGUAUUUGUAAAUGGACACUGUAUUUAAGCAGGGUACUAGGGAAGGGCCUCUUUCUUUCAGUGAAUAUAUUUCGAACACUGACUCUCUCGUGUGUCUGUAACCGCAGAUCUGGUUCGAGCCAAACACGUUUGAUGUGCGCUAGUACCCAUCAUAUUAUCUCAAACCUCAACCUACCAUACUUUGUACAAAGUAUUGUAAUUUUUCUUUGUAAUUUUUUUUUUUUGUCUGUUCAAUUGUUUCACUGUUUGCUGUUCGUUUGUUUGAUGUUUUCAGGCUUUUUCUCAGAGCAUACAGACUCACUGUGUAUACUGAGCUAGUUCACUUCUGCACUUUAGAACCUUAUUGUAUGCUUGAGGGCACUAGAUACCAAUGCAUUACAGUCAUUUGAAGAACUUAAUUUAUGCUUACCUGAUAUUCUGGUACCGAAAUACUAUAUUUCUAUGGAUGUCAUGCUCUUAAAUGUUGUCAAGAGAUUUGUAAUUAGUUUGGCUCGUAACCCAGCAAGCAAAAGCAUUUCCAGUUGCAUUUGAAUGUCGUUCGUCUUUAUAUGGGUUGCUUGAAAAUAGAUUUUUAAAUGCCUUUUUUGGAACCAAAAAACAAUGUGAAUAUAUACAUACACACCCUCCUGUACCCUGGUUACUUUACCAGAUAAAAACCAAAAUAAAAUAUCUUGAUGACAGCAUCAAACAAGACGUCUUUACCUUCCAGUAAUCUGGUAAUUUACGUUCUCCUCAACCAAAUCACAGGAAACGUCAUAACCAUCACAUGACAUUUCAUCCACUGGAAAUGCAACAUUGGCGAUGGAUUUCGGAAUCACAAAUGUGAUUUUCUGAAAAAUCCUGCUGAAAUGGUCAAAUGAUGCAACGUUUUUUUUAGAAAAAUUGUGAGAUGGUACCUAAAUGUUUUAAGGGAUUUUAAAAGCUUUUCACUGAGGUUUUUUGUUGGAAUUAUUUAUUCUGCCAUUGACUAAUCUCAUUUUGUUAAUAAAGUAUAUAAAUCGUUAA